UUCAAUUUCUAACGAUUUGUGGCACAGACGACAAGUCGUAACGUGCGGGCGCGUGUUUUGCUUGUUAGGCCGAAAGAAGCAACGGUUUCGGAGGCAAAAUGAAGAUAGAAGAAGUAAAAAGUACCACAAAAGCUCAAAGGAUAGCAUCUCACAGUCAUAUUAAAGGCUUGGGAUUAGAUGAAAAUGGGUAUGCUGUUCAGUCGUCAGCUGGCUUGGUGGGACAGGAGCUUGCUAGGGAGGCAGCAGGUGUGGUGGUGGAGCUGAUAAAGACAAAAAAAAUGGCUGGCAGGGCUGUUCUGCUUGCUGGGCCUCCAGGAACAGGCAAGACUGCAAUAGCUUUAGCCAUAGCACAGGAACUGGGCAGCAAGGUGCCAUUUUGUCCUAUGGUGGGAAGUGAGGUGUACUCUUCUGAAAUUAAAAAAACAGAGGUGUUGAUGGAAAACUUCCGCCGAGCCAUUGGCCUUCGUAUUAAGGAAACAAAAGAAGUCUAUGAAGGGGAGGUCACAGAGCUGACACCAGCUGAAACAGAGAAUCCAAUGGGAGGCUAUGGGAAGACUGUUAGUCAUGUUAUAAUUGGCCUGAAGACUGCUAAAGGCACAAAGCAACUCAAACUUGACCCAUCCAUUUAUGAAAGCCUUCAGAAAGAGAAGGUAGAGGUUGGUGAUGUGAUUUACAUCGAGGCAAACAGUGGAGCUGUGAAGCGACAGGGACGCUCGGACAGUUAUGCUACAGAGUUUGAUCUGGAAGCAGAGGAAUAUGUUCCCCUGCCUAAAGGAGAUGUGCACAAGAAGAAGGAAGUCAUUCAGGAUGUUACGCUGCAUGACCUAGAUGUAGCAAAUGCCCGACCUCAGGGUGGCCAUGACAUUAUGUCUAUGAUGGGGCAGUUGAUGAAACCAAAGAAAACAGAGAUCACAGAUAAGCUGCGCAAAGAGAUCAACAAGGUGGUUAACAAGUACAUUGACCAGGGUGUGGCCGAGCUGGUGCCAGGAGUGUUGUUUGUAGAUGAAGUACACAUGCUAGACAUUGAAUGUUUCACUUAUUUGCACCGAGCUCUGGAAUCAACCAUCGCACCAAUUGUCAUCUUUGCCACCAAUCGUGGCAAGUGUACCAUCAGAGGAACAGAGGAUGUUGUAUCUCCACAUGGCAUGCCAAUGGACUUGCUGGACCGCGUCAUGAUUGUUCGCACAUUGCCAUACUCUCAAGAGGAGAUGACGCAGAUCCUGCGGAUUAGAGCAGAGACUGAAAGCAUACAAACUGAGGAAGAAGCACUGUUGAUGCUUGGAGAGAUUGGUGUUAAAACAACCCUAAGGUAUGCUGUACAGUUGCUGACGCCAUCCAGCAUUUUGGCACGCAUAAAUGGCAAGGAUGCAGUCAGUAAAGAGGAAGUGGAGGAAAUAGACAAACUCUUCUUUGAUGCAAAAGCAUCUGCAAAGAUUUUACAUGCACAGGAAGACAAGUACAUGAAAUAAAAGACAUCAGAAGGGUUCUGUUUUCAACAUCCAUUGGUCUUAGAGGUGAUUGUCACAGGGAAAAAAAGGUGUAGGCUGCUUGUGCAUCUGAUCUUAUGACUUCGCAGCACUUGCUCCUGCAUGCUUACAGCAGGGAUGCUGUAAGCGUUUGAUUGCAAUGAGCAGUCACUACAUGCAGAACAGCAACAUGUUUCCAACUGGAUGCCAUUGGUUUCAUUUAAAAGUGGAGCUAUUGCCUUGUUCAGUAACAUUUUUGCACUCAAGAUUUAGAAGUUAAACUCAUAAGGUGCAUGACAAAAUGAUUUAUUUUUCAUCUAAAGCAGUGAUGCCCAACCUUUUUCGGCCUGCGGGCCAUAUCCAUUUCGGACAGCCGUGUCGCGGGCCACUUCACCGCAAAAAUACAAAAAAGAAAAAAACAUAGAACAGAUACCAUUUUUAUUAGAAGCAAGUUGUAUUUACCAUUAAUUAUGUAGUAAUUAGUGAGAUAUUUGAAGCUGUCCUUGUUAAAAUAGAAGUUAGAAAUUGUCAGAAAAUACAUUUUAAUCAAGGUACCCCAAGGCAAUCCGUCCUGAUUUCCGCAGGAAAACGAAAUUCAAACGCUGUUUCGGUAUUGCUUCCUUAUCAGAACCCCCUUGUUUUAUACCUUGUUAGAAAGCCCGGAGUCUGUAUUUUCAAUCUCUUUAACGGCUGAUUCAAAUAUUAAUCAAUCAAAAGAUCACUAAUCCCUUGUGGAAUGCGGCAUCCCUCCUUCUCAAACACUGGUUUCUCCCGAAGAUGAAAAUCUAGAAUGAAAUCCAUCGGAAGAUUGAGAGACGCCCCUACGUAGGGAUAAAUACUUCUCUUUUUUUCGUGUCGCGGGCAGUAGGUUGGGC